AUGAUACCUUUCGUAGCGCAAGGUACAGACCAGCAACUAGUGCCCGCCGAUGCCGUGUGCGACUUCGAGAGCGCGCUGAUCGAUGCCGUGCAGAGACAAUUCCGUAUGCAUUGCUUAAUGAAGCGUGCUAUUAAGUGGGUGAAGUGUGAAAUCUGCCAGUGCUGCGGUGUGGCGGGAUUUCCUACUCUAAAGCCACAUGGUGCCAUCAAGAACCUAACGGCGCAGUAUUUCAGUGUCUUGCUGAUAUUCCGCGUGGACGGGCACACCGCUUACCACGCGAACGUACACAGCUACCGGCGCCCGUUGACGUAG